AUGCCCUGUCUCGAGCCUGCAGCUGAGGUUAACAAUGCGCCGGAGGCCAUCGACAUCACCGUCCCGAAUACUGAUACUGAAGAUCGGCCAAGUCCGGUACCGAACCCGGUCCCAGCUCAGGCUGCUCAGCUUGUUAAUGCGCCUGGGGUGGUUCCAAGUGGGCGGGCAAAUACAUCGAAGAGACGGCAGCAUACCUCUUCUCCAAUUCGGCGAAGCCAGCGGAAUCUUCGCAGGAGACUGUAG